AUGGGCUAUGGAAAAAAGCCUUGGGUACCUUUGAUUGGGGUGACUGGGUAUAUUAGUUAUGCACCUGCUUUGGUUACAAGACAACUUGGGGGCAUACAAAGCAUCCCAAGAACAAUUGGCUUAUCUCAAUUCACUAGAGUCUACAAAGGCGUAUAUAAUGAAAUGCUGGAGAGCAUUAAGCAUGAUUGGGGUUCUUUGGUGAUAGUUAAAAAGGAGAUAGGUGUAAGGAAUCCUACAGUUAGUGAAAGGUAUCCCGAAUGGCGUAAUGGAGGAGUCUCUUAUAUGGCAGAAGUUUCUGAAUAUGUGGGCACUCGAAGGAAAAGAGUGAACAGUGAAGAAGAAUUAAGGGAACAAGUGAAAUAUAGGUCUCCAACUGAAACCUUGCUCGAGCAAGCUUUGAGGCCUAGAGCUGGAGAAGGAACAUCUUCUCAACAAACAUGUACACCUCAGCCUCCGCCUUCUUUUAUUCAACCAUUCGAACCUCAACAUGCUGCUCCUUUUGCACUUACUCAAUCAGCAAUUCCAAUGAGGAUCCCCUAUAUUGUGUUGACAGAAGAAAAACCUCAAAGGAACAAGAUAAUAGAGGAAAAUGGUCAUGAGAAACUAGCUGCCUUAGAAGAAAGAAUGAAGGCAAUAGAAGGGAAUAGUUUGUAUGAUCCCGUGAAGGCCGCUGAAAUGUGUUUAGUGCCUAACGUGGUUAUUCCUAGAAAAUUCAGAGUUCCAGAAUUUGUUAAAUAUACCGGAACUCAGCGCCCAAUUACUCAUCUUAAAGCAUAUUAUAAUAAGAUGGCUGAAGUAGUCCAUGAUGAGAGAUUAUUGAUCCAUUUCUUUCAGGACAGUUUAAGUGAUGCUGCUCUUGCUUGGUAUAUGCGUUUGGAUAAUACCAAGAUUAAAGGAUGGAAGGACUUGGUUGAUGCUUUUGUUAGACAAUAUAAGUUCAACAUGGAUAUUGCCCCAGAUAGAUCAAGUCUGCAAGCCAUGGAAAAAGGCAAUAAGGAGUCUGUAAGAGAAUAUGCCCAAAAGUGGCGUGAAUUAGCCGCACAAUAUAAACCCGAUCAAAAAUAUGAAUACCAUGCUGGUGCUAUCGGUCAUAAUAUUGAUGGAUGUAUUGCAUUCAAAAGAAAAAUCCUUCAGCUCAUCAAAGCUGGUUGGAUUUCUUUUGAUGAGUCUCCAAAUGUGAAUUCUAACCCUCUACCAAAUCAUGCUUCUAGAAGUGGGGGAGUUAAUAAUUUGGAGAUAAGAAGGGGAAGUACAUCAACUUUAAGGGUGACUAUGGAUAGAUUGUAUGGGAUGUUGAGGCAAACAGACUAUCUCAAGACACUAGUCAAAGUACAAACGAUAAGGAAUGUGAAUGAAUAUUUUAAGUAUCAUCAGCAGCUUGGGCAUGAUAUCGACUCGUGCGAGGAGUUUCAUUUGGAGGUAGAAAAUAUGAUGACGUUGGGAGUAUUAAGAUUAAUGAAACCCAAAGAAGAUGAAUUGGUAGGAACAAUGACUGGUGGUAACAAGAAAGUGGAAGUUUAUAGAUAUAUACCAACCGAAAAGGGUCCACCGAAAAUGAUCCUAACCAAGCCUAAUAAUACUGUUAGCGGGAGUUUUAAUGCCCAACCCUAUAAUUAUGGUUAUUCCUUUCAGAACACAAAUCCUGCCCCUGUUUUCCAUGCUGAAAUAGGAGGACUCACUCGGAGUGGGAGAUGUUUUACUCCUGAAGAGUUGGAAAAUCAUAAAAAAGCCAAAGGAAAGGAUAUGGUGGAAUUGACAAAGACAGAUGAGGUUAAUAAGCCAAUAAGUGAUGAAGAGGCUAAUGAAUUUCUGAAAUUGAUGAAGAACAAUGAAUAUAGUGUGGUUGAUCAGCUAAAGAAAACACCGGCUAGGAUUUCUUUGUUGUCAUUAAUAUUGAGUUCAGAAUUGCAUAGGAACGCGUUUCAUAAGGUUCUUAAUGAAGCAUAUGUUCCUCAGGAUAUCACACAAGACUCCAUAGAACAUUUGGUGGGCAGGAUUCAAGCCACCAACUACCUCUACUUUACCGAUGAUGAGCUAGAUCAUGAAGGGACCGGUCAUAAUAAACCAUUGCACAUCACGGUAAAAUGCAAGGAUUGUGUGGUCGCUAAGGUGCUUAUAGAUAAUGGUUCUGCUCUCAAUGUAUUGCCAAGACAUGUACUUGAUAAAAUGCCAAUUGAUGCCUCUCACAUGAAGCCAAGUACCAUGAUAGUCACAUUACAAGUAAUGGACAUUCAUCCAUCAUAUAACAUGUUACUUGGGAGACCUUGGAUCCAUGCAGCCCGAGCUGUCACAUCUUCUUUACAUCAAUGGGUCAAGUUUAUCAUCAAUGGAAAUUUGGUGACUGUGAAGGCUGAGGAAACUUUAUCAACAAUGAAAAAUGUGUCGAUCCCUUACAUGGAAACUAAAGAAAGUAAGGAUGGAAAUCUGCAUGCAUUUGAAGUUAUAAAUGCUGAAUGGGUACCAGAAAAUAUGAUACGAAGGAAACCAGAAAUUUUUGGAGCAGCAAAAAUGGCUGCUAAAUACUUCUUAAAGCAUGGACUGCCAUUUCAAUAUGACCACACUACUGGAAUGCCUGAGAGGGUUAAUGUGAUAAAAAUGAAGUGCGUGGAUCAAAGGUUUGGAUUAGGGUUUAAGCCUGGGAAAGCAGAUUUCAAAAGAGCAGCUGAAAUUAGAAGAGAAAAAGAAUGGCCCGGAUUGAAAGGAGAGAACCAGAUGAAGAUCGAAUGGAGAUCCCACCAAUCCAUGAAAUCUAAAAGCGGAUUGUCAUACACCUCACAAACUCAUUGCACUGUGGAUAAUUGGCUUAACUUUGAUGAAAAUAUAAUUGUCAUGGAUGAGGAAGAGUUUGGUGUAGAGGAUAUCCAUGAGUUCCCAAGGUUAGUCGAACAAUCUGACCGCACAUGGAAGCCUGCAAAAGAAGAAUUAGAAUUGAUAAAUAUGGGCACCGAGGAUAAUAAAAGGGAGUUGAAGAUAGGGAAGUUAGUCUCUGCUGACGAAAGAGGGAAAUUGAUUGCUCUUUUACAAGAAUAUGUUGAUUGGGACGCUGGAUUCUUGGAAGUGGUCGAUUAUUCUCAAUGGGUGUCCAAUAUCGUAGUAGUACCCAAGAAAGAUAACAAAAUCAGGGUAUGUGUGGAUUUCCGAGACUUGAAUAAGGCAAGCCUGAAGGAUAAUUUUCCUUUACCCCAUAUAGAUGUGCUAGUGGAUAGUGCUGCUAAGAGUUUUACUUACUCUUUUAUGGAUGGUUUCUCUGGGUAUAAUCAAAUUAAAAUGGCCGAGCAAGACAAGAAGAAAACAACAAUUGUCACCCCAUGGGGAACAUAUUGCUAUAAAGUUAUGCCAUUUGGAUUGAAAAAUGCUGGGGUAACUUAUCAAAGAGCAAUGGUGACACUAUUUCAUGAUAUGAUGCACAAAGAAAUUGAGAUAUAUAUGGAUGAUAUGAUUGCUAAGUCUAAAGAUGAGGAAAACCAUAUCCCAGCUCUGAAGAAAUUGUUUGAAAGGCUGAGAAAAUAUCAAUUAAAGUUGAACCCUGUAAAAUGCACAUUUGGGGUGAAGUCGGGGAAGUUAUUGGGAUUUAUGGUAAGCAAUAAUGGCAUAAAAGUAGACCCUGACAAAGUAAAGGCCAUACAAGCUAUGUCAGCUCCUAAAACCGAGAAAGAAAAAAACCCUGGAGUAUGGGAUGAAGACUAUCAAAAAGCCUUUGAUAAGAUCAAACAAUAUCUACAGAACCCACCUCUAUUGGUACCGCCUGUGCCCGGGAAGCCUCUCAUUUUAUAUUUAACAGUGACUGAAUUAGCAAUGGGCUGUGUGCUUGGCCAACAUGAUGAGACCGGAAGAAAAGAACAAGCCAUCUACUACCUUAGCAAAAAGUUCACUGAGUGUGAAUCUCGUUACAGUAUGAUUGAGAAGUUGUGUUGUGCUUUGGUAUGGAGUGCGAAAAGACUCCGAGAAUAUAUGCUAUAUUAUACCACUUGGUUAAUUUCAAAGAUAGAUCCUUUAAAAUAUAUUUUUGAAAAACCAUACAUGUCAAAUAGGUUGGCCAGAUGGCAAAUGUUGUUGGCUGAAUAUGAUAUCAUCUACAAAACAAGAAAAUCCAUGAAAGGAAGUGCAAUCGCAGAUCAUUUAGCUGAUAAUGCCCUUGAAGACUAUGAGCCAUUAAAUUUUGACUUCCCUGAUGAAGAUGUGCUAGUAAUAGAAAGUGAUUGGUGGACCAUGUACUUUGAUGGUGUAGUGAAUGUGUCUGGUAAUGGAGCUAGUGUUGUAAUAAUUUCUCUAGAAGGAAAACAAUAUCCCAUCUCCAUUAAACUGCAAUUUAGUUGCACAAACAACAUAGCUGAAUAUGAGGCUUACAUUCAUGGAUUAAAAGCUGCAUUGGAACUGAAGAUACGAAAACUAGAGGUAUAUGAAGACUCCAUGUUGAUAAUCUGUCAGACAAAGGGGGAAUGA